GUGAAGCUAACGUUGGAUACAUACUAGUAGUAACUUCACUAAGUCACGGCAAACAUUUAAAUUGGCGAGGAGCAAGAAGCCACACAAUCUCAAAUUCCGCAUUAGAGAUGCUUCAAAACGGUGUCCUUGAAUGUCGGAAGUAAUCCUGCAAGUAAGCGGACGGAACGAGGAAGCGUAAACCUUAUGCCGUAUACCGUAUGCUGUAUCCCGUAGCCGUUCAUUGUUGAUCAUGACAUUGGACUCUCCCUCUACGACAAGCUUUGUUGAUUGUAAACGGGAAUCUUCGCAAAAUUUAAGGAACAGACCUGAGGUUGAGAAUGGAGACGUCCCACUGCCAGAGCGACGACCUUCCAGGCCGUUCCCCACAGGAGGACUGUGAACAAGGCACCGUGGAGCCCUGCAGUGGGGUCCAAACCGGGUCAGGGCAGGGGACGGAGGUGGAUGGUUCCAGAAGGAAGAGGGGUACGAAACGGGACAGCAUAGACUCUGGGAGUGAGGAACAGGAUGGGGAGGAACCCAGCACAGAGAGGGAACGGAGUGCGGAGAACACUGACUCGCCUACUGACCCCGAGGGGGCAGCUACUACUGACAUCAGCAGCGGUUGUCCGAAGGAUGGGGCACAAUCACCGGGCCAGGCUGGCUCUGCCUCAGAAGGUGAAGGGAUACCUGCUGUCGAGGUUGUUUCAGGUCCAACUGUGGUUCUUAAUGGGGCCACAGAAACCACCCCCGCUGACUCAAUUCAUGAAGUCCCUGCCACUGACGUAAGCCAAACCCUUCUCAAAGACUCCACUCCGAGCAUACCCUCUGACUCAACCCAAAACCUACCCACAAACUCCUCUGAGAGCAUAGCCAAGGACUCAACCCAAAACCUAACCACAAACUCCACUCCGAGCAUACCCAUAGACUCAACCCAAAACCUACUCACAAACUCCACUGAGACCAUACCCACUGACUCAAACCAAAACCUGCUCACAGAUUCCACUCAGAGCAUACCCACAAGUAGCACGAAGUCUGCUGACCCCCAUCUCCCUCAGUCAGCACUUGCCUCAGAUGCAUCCAGGGAGGUGGAAGGGAACGGGGCCGUCAUUUUGGCCGACUCCCGGUGUCCGGAACCCCUGGGUGGGCCAAACCCAUACGACACAGACUGCAGUAGGAAGCUGAUCUCAGAGAUCGAGCGCACACUAUCCCAUGAGUCCCUGCUGGACGAGCUGGAAUCGGAGCUGAUGUCCUGCCAGAUGGUGGACGAGGACAGGAAGACUGGCUCCAGCCCUCCCAACGGGCUGCGCAACGAUGUGGGCUCUGUGACCGUUUUCGAAAAGUGUGUCCAGUACAAAUACAUGCAACAGGAGAAGGCCAUUCAAAGGCUAUUGGAUGACAACAGAAGGCACCAGGAGCUGAUCCUGGGAAUCUGCUCUGAAAAGGACACCAUGAAGGAGGAGCUGAAGAAGAGGGCGGAGACAGAGAAGCAGUACCUGAUGACCAUCAAGAAGUUUGAGACUCGGGUGGAGGAGCUGAGGAAGGAGCUGCAGGCCUCCAAGGACAGGCUGGUGUUCCAGGACAAUGCCGCCAAGAACGCCCUCCAGCAAAUGCAGAGGGAGAUGGCUUACCGGCUGGAGCAGGCCAACAGGAAGUGUGAGGAGGCGCGGCAAGAGAAGGAGGCGAUGGUGAUGAAGUACGUGCGGGGCGAGAAGGAGGCGCUGGACCUGCGCCGGGAGAAGGAGCAGCUGGAGAGGAGGCUGCGGGAGGCCAGCAGGGAGGUGGAGAAGCAGGUCGCCCGCGGCAACGUGCUGGCCCAGGAGAAGGGCCGUCUGCAGCAGCUGCACGAGGCCAAGGAGGGCGAGGCGAUCCGGCUGGCACGGGAUGUGGACAAGCUCAAGGAGGAGGUGAACUCCCAGGCCAUCAAAGUCAAAUGGGCCCAGAACAAACUAAAGAGCGAAACGGAUGCCCACAAGGAAACCCGGGACAAGCUGAGGGAGACCACCACCAGGCUCACCCAGGCUAAGGAGGAGGCCGAACAGAUCCGCAAGAACUGCCAGGACAUGAUCAAGACCUAUCAGGAGUCUGAGGAGAUUAAGUCUAAUGAGCUGGAUGCAAAGCUCCGUGAGACGAAAGGCGAGCUGGAGAAACAAAGACAGGAGCAGACUGACCAGCUGGAGGUGCACCGGGCAAAGAUUAAAGAGCUGGAGGAUCUGAAGAGGACCUUCAAGGAGGGUGUGGAUGAGCUGGGCACGCUGAGAACUAAGGUCAAGUGUUUGGAGGACGAGAGGCCCAGGACUGAAGAGGAGCUCUGCAAAUACAGAGAAAUCAUUAACCGGCAAAAGGCGGAGAUCCACAACCAGAGAGAGAAGCUGAACGCCGUGAGGAGUCUGGAGGAGCAGAGACUGAGAGACGAGCAGGAGAUGGCCUCGCUGAGAGGGGAGGUGGAGAGCCUGAACGCCCAGGCGGCCGACCUGCAGAGGGACAUCCAGGGCAGCCGCACGCGGGAGGCCGAGCUCCUGGGCUUCACCGAGAAGCUGACCAGCAAGAACGCGCAGCUGCAGUCGGAGAGCAACGGGCUGCAGGCGCAGCUGGACCGGGCGUCAGCCCUGGGCCGCGAGCUGGAGGCCGGGCUUCAGGAGAGGGAGAGGGCCGCGGCGGACCUGACGGGGCGGCUGCAGGCGGAGCAGCAGCAGAGGCAGGAGGACGUGCAGACGCUGCAGACGGAGAGGGCUGCUUUGCAGACGGAGACUGCGCAGCUGAAGACGCGCGUGGAGGAGCUGAGAGACGAGCUGGUCACUCAGAAGAGGAAACAGGCAGCCAACAUCAAGGACCUGACGAAACAGCUCAUUCAAGCUCGUAAGAAGCUGGACCAGGUUGAGAACGGGAGCUGUGACAGAGAGGCCAGCAGCAUGGGCAGCCGUUCCAGCUCUUCAGAUACCCCUUGCAACCAUGGCUGCGGACACCUAAGGCCAGCCCAUGUAGAGCAGAGGAGUGCUACAAUGCUGUACACAAACGCAAAAGGUUCCCUGAACGCCCGCGGCAGCAGCACGGACGACCGUUCGCCGGAGAACAACUCCGGCCCGUCGGUGGUAGUGGUGGACAGCUUCCCCGAGGUGGACAAGGCCGUGCUGGUGGAGCGCAUCGUGCGGCUCCAAAAGGCCCACGCCCGCAAGAACGAGAAGAUCGAGUUCCUGGAGGACCACAUCAAGCAGCUGGUGGAGGAGAUCAGGAAAAAGACCAAGAUUAUUCAGAGCUAUGUGCUGAGGGAGGAGUCGGGGGCGCUCUCCUCGGAGGCCUCUGACUUUAACAAGGCUCACUUGAGCAGGAGGGGGGGGAUAAUGGCGUCUCUGUACACCUCUCACCCGGCCGACAGCGGCCUGACGCUCGACCUGUCGCUGGAGAUCAACCGCAAGCUGCAGGCCCUGCUGGAGGACACGCUGCUCAAGAACAUCACCCUCAAGGAGAACCUGCAGACGCUGGGUGCUGAGAUCGAGAGACUCAUUAAACAGCAGCAGGAGCUGGAGGAGAGAUUGAGAGGAAAAUGAGCUGCAGCUUCAGCCUCAUCAAUGGGGCAAGGAGGACGAGUCAAAACCACGCCCUACCCCCAUUACAUCUCAGACACGGGCAGGAGGGAGGCCUCCAGUACAGCUCUGUCGCUCUCUCACGCUCACAUGUACAUGCACACACACACUCGCGCACACACACACACACACACUCUCACAAACACACACUCUCACACACAGACACACACUCUCACACACACUCGCGCACACACUCACACUCACCCACACACACACUCUCACACACACAGACACGCACACUCUCACACACACGUACACACACUCACAAACACACACUCUCACACACACACACACAUACACACUCUCACACACGUACACACACUCACAAACACACUCUCACACACAGACACACACACACACUCACACACACGUACACACACUCACAAACACACACUCUCUCACACACAAACACACACAUACACACAGGCAGCCUUGGUCCUGUUUGAGGGUCCCUAUGGGAAACCUCCAGGAGAUAACAGACAUGGAAUGGGAGUAAAACAUCUUCUCUCAUCUUAUCUCCUCUUGUCCUCCUUCUCUCGAUAUUUCUCCCUGUAGUUCCUCCCUAUGCUCCGAUUCUCUCCUUUCUCUCAGAUCUCUGUCCUCUGCCCUCUUUCGACUCCCUCCCUCUCCAUCCCUCUCUCUCUCUCUCUUUCUCUCUCUCUCUCUCUCUCUCUCUUUCUCUCUCACGUGAGGUUUUCGUUUUUCUGCUCCUUCCUGCUGCAUUUUCUCUGUCUGUCAGAAAAAGCCAAAUUAAGUACGGAGGCUUAGAAUUACCCAUCAUAUCAAGUCCUGUUCAAACCAUCUUUUAAAUUAUUAUUAUUAUUAUUAUUAUUAUUGUUGUUGUUAUUAUUAUUAUUAUUAUUAUUAUUAUGAAAUGAUGGUACCCUGCACUUAUCCAUCAAUAUAAUAAUGAAAUUAACAGACUUCAAACUAUGGACUGACUCGCUGUGUAGUGGAGUGUAACGCAGCACAGAAGUGCAUCUUGACUUCCAUAUUUCUGUUUCUCAUUGUACUAGUGCCAAUGUUGAAUGUACUUCUGAA